AUGGCUGCCACCGCGACCGCCAGCUCGCUGAUCGCCCCGCGGUCGGGGCUGCAGUAUUACAACGUGCUCGACGCCGUCCUCGCUCUUCCGCACACUCUGCGCACGUCCUUCCUUUCCUCGCCCAUCCUGAUCUCCCCGCUUAUUCUCGUUGCUCCCGUCAUUCUCAUCCUGCUCCGUGUCGCCUUUGUCCAAGCCCGAAAACUCAUUGCGUCUCGAAAAGACAGGCAUUCUAUGAGCUAUGUCGUGAAAUGGGGGAGAGAGAGGUUGCACUUCACCCUCCCCCCGCCAGACACCAAGCUGGCGGCCAUCCGGCAUCAGCUCGCUGAAUACACACAGCUUCCUCCGCAGUCUUUCAAGCUCAUACACGCCGGUGCAGUCAUGAAGGACGAUAACGCGCCGAUAUCUGCGUACGGUAUCAAGCCUGGUUCGACGAUCGCUCUUGUUGGGGGCGGAGAGGAUCUUGAGCCAUCCGGCCGCGCGUCUUCCAAACAUAAAGAGAAGCCGCAAGAGCGCACCGAAGCUAGCAUCGUUGCGCAGAUCCGAGGCGAGCUUGAUUCUGUGCGACGCACACUCCAACCCGACGUCGAUGGGUUCCUAACUACGCUCAAUCCCGAUUACGUCCCGCCGUCCGUGUCGUCGGCUGCUCCACCAGCUGCAGCUGGUCGACGCAAUCCUGAUUUGGCACGGGAGCAUAUUCGGCUCGGCGAACUGCUCCUGCAGUCUCUCUUGCGGCUUGACGCGAUUACCGCGGAGGGUGAGUGGGAGGAAGCCAGGCGCGAGCGGAAAGGCGCUGUUCGGGAAGUGCAAGCGCUCCUCGAUCGCUUGGACGGCGGCUGGAGGAAGAGACCACAGACAAAGAUCUGA